AUGUCGCUGACUACUUCAAUCCACAACAACAACCGAUUUGCUGGACAAGAAAAACUCAAGAACCAUCUUCAACGCAACGGACCAGGAAACAACGCAUACACCCAUAUCAUGUCCGCACAACAAUCACAAGGUAUCCAAGCCCUCUUGGACGCCGAGAAAGAAGCAGCCCGGAUCGUAGAGAAAGCCCGGGAAUAUCGAUCGCAGAAGUUGAAAGACGCUCGAGGAGAGGCUGCUAAAGAGAUCGAAACUCUGAAGUCCAAACGGGAAGAUGAGUUCAAGGAGUUCGAACAACAGCAUUCUGGUAAUACUGACUCUCAACAAAAAGUUUUAGAAGAAGAGACUAAACAGAAAAUUGAGGUCAUUAAAUCCGAGUUCAAUAAGAAUAAGGCUCAAGUGGUGUCUGAUUUAUUAUCUAAAGUGACGGAUGUUCAACCGGAAUUACAUCGAAAUUACAAAUUAGGAAUCCAUCAAUUGAAGUAGUCAUCAUCCAUCAUCUUCUUCUUCCUAAAAACACCAUUUUUUUGUUUUCCCUAUUUUAUAGUGUCCUUAUUGGUGAUGAUGUGUAAUAUUGUACAAAUGAUUACUGCAUUCUUUUCUUCUUCUACUUCCAAUUGUCUUCCCCUUGUUCUUCAGGAGAAUUAAACUUCCUCUUCUUCAUCAAGAUGGGCAUUGUACUGUGUGUGUGCUAAGUGCGACUUGGUGACCGAAAGAAGUUUGUGUGGUGAUGAUGAGGGACAGAUUCUUGGAGUGAUUUCCUCUUGUGGUGUUGAUCUGAGUUUAGUGUUUAAUGUUUUUUUUUUUUU